AUGUCUUCCACCGAUGUCUUCAUUGACUUCUCCAACAACGGAGAUGGUAUCAUCGAAGUAAUAUACGAUGACAUCCACGGUAUAUCGCAAAGAUUCGUGGUUCGCCCACAGCAAAUUGUUCGAAGGAAGAUGCCGAUAUCCCAAUCCAUUUAUUUCACCUUCAACCGCGGCCGGUUCUCUCAGAACGCCACACACAACUUCGUUAACAACAAGACGAUCGAUGUCAACAUGUACUUUGUAUAA